GCCGAGAUCCUGGAGCUGGCGGGCAACGCGGCCCGCGACAACAAGAAGACGCGCAUCAUCCCCCGGCACCUGCAGCUGGCCAUCCGCAACGACGAGGAGCUCAACAAGCUGCUGGGCAAGGUGACCAUCGCGCAGGGCGGGGUGCUGCCCAACAUCCAGGCCGUGCUGCUGCCCAAGAAGACCGACAGCCACAAGGCUAAAGCCAAGUAAGCGCUGAAGAACACCGCCCGGGAACCUUUUCCCACAGAAACCCAAAGGCUCUUUUCAGAGCCAC